GCAGAGAUCGCGCUAGGUCGACGCGCACACCUAGGUGUGUGUCGGCGGAGUUUCCCGCAGGGCAGCCCGUCUCCUCCUCCCAACCGGCUCGGAAAGCCUCGGCUGGCGCGGCGCCGAGAGCUGCUGUCGGAACGCGCCGCGCGCCACCCCCGGCCCUCUUUAUGUGAGUCUCCCCGGCUGCCUCCUCCUCCUCCUGUCGGAUGGCGAUAGACCGGCGCCAAGAGGAGGGUGGCGAAGGCCGGCAAGUGCCCGAAGAGAACGGCUCCUUGCCUCCCGGGGAGGCGGUCCCUGCCGCUGCAGCGACAGCCGCACCCCCUGCAGGGGGUCUGGCGGCGGAGAUCCAGAGCCUGCCGCCGCCUCCCUCUCCGCCGCCGCCGCCUCUCGCCGGCUCCUGCAGCCCCCUGCUCCUGGAUUACGAUGGCUCAGUGCUGCCUCUCCUGGGGGGGCUGGGCGGUGGGCAGCAGAAAACCCUCGUCCUGCUCACCUGGAUCCCGGCGCUGUUCAUCGGCUUCAGUCAGUUCUCGGACAGCUUCCUCUUGGACCAGCCGAGCUAUUGGUGCAAGGGCACGGAUGGGCGAGGGAACUGGACGGGGCACCCGCAUCUGCCCGCCGGCGGGCUCGCCACCAGCCACGGCUACAACCACAGCUAUAGCAGAGGGAUGCUGGCAGCCCCGGAGCUGCCCACGCCGGCGGGAAAGAACAUCAGUCAAUGCCAGUGCAGCGAACGGCAUUAUGCGAUCACGGCCGGCCUGGAACAGAAUGUAGUGAGCAAGUGGGACCUUGUUUGUGCUUCUGCCUGGAAAGUCCACAUUGCAAAAUUCUCCCUGCUUGUAGGAUUAAUCUUUGGCUAUCUAAUCACAGGAUGUAUAGCUGACUGGGUUGGUCGACGGCCAGUGCUUCUCUUCUCUGUCCUGUUCAUUUUAAUAUUUGGGUUGUCUGUGGCCCUCUCUGUGAAUGUGACAAUGUUCAGCACACUCAGGUUUUUUGAAGGGUUUUGCCUGGCUGGAAUAAUCCUUUCAUUGUAUGCACUGCGGAUAGAGCUGUGCCCUCCUGGUCACCGUUUCAUGAUUACCAUGGUGGCAAGCUUUGUUGCAAUGGCAGGGCAGUUCCUCAUGCCAGGCUUGGCUGCCCUCUGCAGGGACUGGCAAAUUCUCCAAGCAGUCAUCAUCUGCCCUUUCCUACUGAUGUUACUUUACUGGUUUAUUUUCCCAGAAUCCCUUCGGUGGCUGAUGGCCACACAGCAGUUUGAAGCAGCAAAGAAGCUCAUCCUUCACUUAACUCACAAGAACAGAACAAACACAGAAUGUGAUAUCAAAGGAGUAAUGCCUGGCCUCAGGUCGUUCCCUAAAGCUCUGCCAGGAAGUGAGGAAAAGAGCAACCCAUCGCGGAGCUCUAAUGGGCUUGCGGUCAGGGAGUUCCAGAUGGGGGAUGUGGGAAGCAGCCAGACUGGAGAACUAGAGAAAGAGCUUGCCAGGAGGCCAAAGAAAGUCUGCAUCAUUAAAGUGGUUGAAACCAGAAAACUCUGGAAAAACAUUGUUGUGCUGUGCAUAAACUCGCUGACCGGGUAUGGGAUACACCACUGCUUUGCAAAGAGCAUGAUGGGUCACGAAGUUCAGCAGUCGCUCACUGACAACUUCUAUGCGGACUACUAUACCAUGGCGGGCAUCACACUGGCAUCCUGCCUGGCCAUGUGCCCAGUUGUUGGAUUCCUUGGGCGAAGAGGAGGACUGUUGCUUUUCAUGAUCCUCACAGCUUUGGCUUCGCUUCUCCAACUAGGCCUCCUCAACUUGAUCGGAAAAUACAGUCAACUUCCAGACUCAGGUAUGAGUGACAGCGUCAAGGACAAAUUCUCCACUGCGUUUUCCAUUGUGGGCAUGUUUUCCUCACAUGCAGUUGGAAGUCUCAGUGUUUUCUUCUGUGCAGAAAUCACACCAACAGUAAUAAGGGGUGGUGGGCUUGGCCUGGUCCAAGCCAGCGCAGGCUUUGGUAUGCUGACAGCACCCAUCAUGGAGCUCCAUAAUCAGAAAGGCUAUUUCCUCCAUCACGUGAUCUUUGCCUGCUGUACGCUCAUCUGCAUCAUCUGUAUCCUCCUCUUGCCUGAGAGCAAAAACCAGAACCUGCCAGAGAACAUUCCAGAUGGUGAACAUUACACCCGGCAGCCCCUCCUGCCACACAAGAAGGGGGAACAACCAUUGCUGCUGACAAACUCUGAGCUCAAACACUACUCUGGCCUCCAUGAUUCGGCAGCUGUGAGCGACGGGGUGACCGAGAACGUCACCGCCAAUGGGAUGAAGGCUAUGUAGUCGGCCUCCGAAAUGCAUAUUUUCGGCUUGGGAAGUGCUUUCCACACAAGGUUUACAGACCAGUGAAAGAAGGGAUGGAUACACAGGGGAACUGGACUCUGCUGCUAACGCCACUUGUAGGAAUUUUUGAUUUGGGGUGCAAAUUGCUUUGGAAACGGUUAUGGGGAAAAUGCAUUUUCAAAGCAAACGGGCUGGAAAUAACCACCCAUCAAAACUUUUAUUUUCUUCCUGCCAUGAAUUGUUUCUAUUUAUUUUUAUGAUUUUUUUUCCAAGAAGCACUUUAUACCCUUUUCCUCUUGUUGACCACAAACAUAAAGCCAUGUUGUUCUUAAGAAGUGCAGCCAUUCCAAGAAAGAAAUCAUGGGUUUUUUAAUUAUUGUCUGUGUUUUGUUUGAGGAAUUAAGUCUCUGUUGCUGUGACAAUGAAUUUAUUGAAUUUAUUUGACUUUAAAGGUUUGAUGCAUUUUCUUUGUCUUUCCAGAUGAUCUGAUUUCCCACCUAUCCACCCCUACCUAGGUAAACCUACUGUAUAAGUGUGCAUACAGAGAUCUGCCUUGAAAUUUCAACUGUACUGUAGGCAGCAAAAGUAAGAGUUUGGCUAGUAAACCUCCCCAGUGUUUUUAAAAUUAUAGCUGGAGGAGUCCUGGUGGUGCAGUUCAAAGUCAAAAACAAACCACUACACAAGCAAGCUAGGUUUUUCCAACUUGGUUCAGAUGUGUGGAUUUAAAUGAGGAAGGUGUCUCUGUGUCAAGAGUUCUUGCAAGUGUUGAUUAAUAAUUUUAAAUAUAAGCAAUUUCAAAUGCAUUGCUCAGCGGUAAACUCAAAGCUUUACCAAGAGUAGUUUUAACCUAAACAGAGGUUUAGAAACUGGUAACAGUAAGAAAAUAUUUCCAAGUUGGGAGGGGGGCAUAUCGUCUCAAGGGAUUUGAGAUAUGAAAACAUUUGUUCCAAAAACAGCUAAGCUGGAAUUCUGACUACCCCACCAUUGGUGCACAUUUGCUGUGUGCCCUCACUACCCCAAAGACUGUUUGAUUCUAAUGGAUGGAAUAUUAAAGUGAAGCCAAUGGAAAUGGAAGUGCUGAAAUAAGCAAAUGCUUAAGAUUUGGGGAAGGAGGGAGAGAAGGAAUAUACAAACAAAGGGGUCUUCUGGUUUUUCUGUAGAGGAGAGUGGCCUCCCACUGAGAGUGGCAAGCAAUUGUCAGACCAUUGUUCAAGGGUAAGUUUGCACGUAUUCAACUGGUUGCCCUCUCCAAUUUGAAAUGGCCACUGUAAGUGCACCAAAACAAAGCCCCAAGUGCUCUUGUAGUAUUUCCUCUAUUCCCUCAAUACAUAAAUUGGUCCCAUAGUAUCUAAUGCUGUCAAUAGAAGCUGACACCCUCAUCCUUAAAGAUGCUUGGAAGUUCCACUGAAAUGCAUGAGACCUUGCUUCUGUACUUCGAGUUGGGGUAUCAAUGAAGCCAAAACAAAUUAUUCCCCUCCCCCCUUCCUGUUUCUUUCCUAAAAGGUCAGCAAUAAUCUGUGCUGGCUGUAUAAACCAUAGUUCUGACACAAGCGCUGGCUAUUUUCCACCCUUGGUUCUUAAUGCAAGCACCAGCUUAACGCAAGGACCUUCUAAACUAGCUGCUGUUUUGCAUCUAGUUAACUGCUCCACUUCCCACCCCCUCCACUCAGACCAUGCAUUUGUGAUUGCCCAGUGGUACAGCCAUUUAAAUGGAACACAACAGCCAGGUGUGUGGUGACGUGUACGACCAUCCAUUUAGCUGUCACUUUGUUUGGUGUACAUCAUGGGCAAAGGAAGGGGUUCAUUUUUGUGCUUUCCCCUCUGCCAUAUCCCUUCUUUGCUCUCUAUAUAUCGUCUGUCGACUGAGUUAUCUGUAUUCCCACUUGCUUCCUCAGUCAGGCUGCUUUUUGCAUUCCAAUGACUGGCACAAAGCCAACAGUGUUGCUUGGCAUCUAGCAAAUAGAGCAGCCAUCGACACUGGCUAAUUGAGCAAAACAGGGCCUGCACAAGAGGACAAGCAUUUAUGUACUUGAGGAGAAUGAUAAUGUUGUAAAGCUGCUAAUUUUCAUACCGAGGAUGAGACGUUUUAGGGGAAUGUUUCUCAAAUCUUAUUAAGAAAAAACCAACACUGGAUUGUUCAUUGGUCAAUUGAUUUGUUUUUCUCCUGAAGUGCUGCCGCUGCGUUCACCUCAGUGGGACCCGCUGAAUCAGUAUGAGCCUGGUCCUUUUUACACCCUCUAGUUAACUGUUGGGCUUUAAACAACAGCAAAAUAGCUGCUUCUCCUCCAUCUUUCCAAAUAAUUAUUUUACAUUUGCAUUGAAAACAAGGCCUUUUGAAAUUGUGCAGUAUUCACGUGCCAAAUUGGUGUAAUGCCUAUUGCCUUUUUAUAUAAUGCUUGUUACAGCUACAUAUCAGGAACAGCAGAUUUCUAGUGAAAUCUAUGAAGUAUAUAUUUUAUGCAUUUUUAAAUGGAGUGGGGCCUUUGGAAACAUUAGAGAGAGAGAGAAGAGAAUUGGUUAUUGGUCAUGCACAGGCUCCAAGGUAACACACAGCACUUUUUGCAAUCUGUGUUGUAUGGAAGAGCUUUUAAAUGCCCCCGUUUCUGUGCAUAUAUUCUUAAAAUAGAAUUUAAAUCCUAUUGACCACUCGCCAGUCUGUGGAAUUGAUUGCUACUGUUAAGUCCUCAUUGUGUUUGCAUCUGCCACCUGCUGUGCUUUAUAGUUCCCUAUACCGGUAUAAUGCUCCUUAAUUUUACAGACAGCAAAGGAGAGAGAAUUUCAACAUAUGGAAGUUGAUGGGAGCACUCCCCUCCCCCUUUUUAUCAGAAAUGUGACAUUUGGACUUAAAUACUAUGUACUUUCCCCCCCAACAUCUUAUAUUCUGCAGGAUUCAAAUGCACAAAGUUGUUUCCCAUUCCAGUAUUGUUUUUGCUGGUGAGACUGAAACACUAAAUUCAUGAAGCUGCCUUAUGUCGAGUCAGACCAUUUGUCUGUCAGUGUCAGUAUUGUCUACUUUGACUGGCAGCAGCUCUUCAGGGUUUUAGGUUGAAGGCUUUCACAUUGCCUUUUAACUGGAGAUACUAGGGACUGAAGCUGUGGCCUUCUGCAUGCAAAGCAAACGCUCUACCACUGAGUCACGGCCCCUUCACUAUAUCACCGCUUGUCUAGUAGUUCGCCCUAUAUACCUGAUUCAGGACAGUUUUAGAAAAGAGGCCAAACAAGUACUAAAUGAACCACCUCAGCAAGAGAGCACUGCCGAAUGUGCUGUAGUGUGGGCCUGCAUAACUUGUAUAUCACCAUUACUAGACUGUAGCCUGUCAGUCACUUGGCAGCCCCUCCUGUCUGUGCAAUCCCCAAACGUUUUUUGUUUCCUGCAGGCUGCGUUUGGCAUAGUGAGUCCCAAAUUCCACAGACCUGGUACAGCAUCCAUACAAUAUUGUCCACUUCACUGUAUGAAUGAGGAGGGUUUCUCAGUGAUUUUGUCAAAUUCUGAGCCCUUCAAUCAUGUGUGUGUCAUGCUAAUUAAGAUCUGUAGAUCAGUAGUCUUUUAUGUACUUUGGGUAUGUCAGAUACUUGCAGCAACUUAUCAACUGUUUUUUUAAAAAAAAAUCUCUGGAUAGUCUGCAGCCAUUGCUAACUCCUAGUAGACCAAUGGUCUGCGGCCUGAAAGAGGCAAGUUCAGUGUGCUGGAUAUCAGGGAAACACUCAGGACUUGUUUGUAUUACAUUUUGCAGGAUUUCUUCUAAGUGUACCAGCAGAAGUGCACAAUAGACCCACUAGGGAGCAAAGAGAAACUAUAUUUAUCAGAAUAUUGAAGAGACAUGGUUGGCCAUGGUGUACAGAGCCAUUGAAUGGAGAAAUAGAAAGCCACACUGAAUACCUGGGGAGAAGACAAACACAAUCCCCCACCACCCCACAUAAGUUUUAAAAAUGUAAUAUGAAAUUCCCUUUCUAGUCAGAAGUAAAUUUCCUGCUACAUUUCAAGAAGACAGACACAGAGUCUCUGUUUUCCUGGAAGGAGAAAUUGCAUCUAUUUUGAAAAAUUCCCCUAAGGAGUUAUUUCAGACCUUUGGGGGAUUUGUAUAAUACUGCUGCUAGAAAAGGGGGAUUGUGUCUUUUUUAUCACACUUUUUUUUCCUUAGACUUCUGUGAUGUGCACGUCCAUCCUGCUUUGGUGUCUGAUAUGCAGGCUUUUGUUGUUCAUUAAAAACCUGCAAAACCUUUUUGCCCAGAGAUCACAGUGGGACCAAAGAAAUGAGUGUGUACACCACAGCCAUAGUUUUCAGUUGACUUCCCUAUGUGAAAUACUGGUGAGGGAACUGUGUGCAUGCCAAAGCCAUGAGUUUGGUUUUGCCAGACUGGCUUGUGACAUGCAACCACAUGCCAUCCUAAAUAUGUACACAUGGCAGAAUUCAAAAGCUAAGUUUAUGACAAUGCAAUAACUAGGAUGGCUUGACAUAGUCUGACUGAAGACUAUGGUAGCUACAGGAUGAGAAAAAGUAGAAUCAACAUGGGCCUUUGCUCAUUGCCAGGUGAACGCUCAAGUCAUGAGGCAUAUAACAUUUGGCAGACUUCAUGUAGAUCUAUGCCAAGAGCUAAGACAGCCAAUAAUUCCAGUCAGGAACCGUAAGAUAAUUCCCAGGCCUGAAGAAAUUAUCAGGUAUAAACUCCAUUAAAUAUAACAAGAGGACAAGUCCAUCCUAACAGCAGAUGCACAAUUCAUUCACGUUUUUUGUUUUCUGUUAGCCA